AUGUUUUUUGGUAUUCUCAAUACAAAUUCAGCUCUUUAUUUAUGGGAUCAAUUUUUUAUGAUUAAAUGGGAUACACAAUAUAUAGAACAUGCAACAAAAGCAAUACUUUAUUUACUUCGUGAUCGUUUUAUGUAUACAAUAGAUUAUGAUCAAAUGCGAAAAGUUUUUCUUGAUGAACCUUGUCUUUUACAUACAGCAGAUGUUCAAGCAGCAUUUGUUCAUCUUGCUUUAAAAAAUGAAGAUCCAAAAUUUAUACCAGCAAUGAAUCAACGAUUUUAUCCAUCAAAACCAGUCAUUCUAAGACAAGAUAAUAAUCGACAAAUUCCAAAUAAAAGAAAAACUUAUUUAGAAACAAUUGGUAUUAAAGAGAUUUCAUUAACAUUAGCUAUACCUGCUAAUCUUGUUAUUAAUGGAGGAUCUCGACAAGAAUUUGAUAUAAAAUCAAUAAUAGUUGAAAUUCAAGUUUAUAGUGCUGGCGAAAAAAUAAAUGAUGUAUCAACUGGAUCAUUACCUGUACUUCGCGGAAAAGAACCAGCAAUAAAUAAUUGGCAAAGAAUUAUUGUUGAUAUACCAAACGAUAAAUUAAUUUUAUCAAUUAAAGAAGCUCGUACAUCACAUAUGCCUACUCGUAUUCAAGCACUUGUUGUUGUUCGGCAACGAGUGAAUAUUGUGAAUUUGGUUACUCUUGGACAUUGUCGUUUUCCACUUUAUGUUCCUCAAAAAAUCGGCAAUUUAGAUACAUGGGAUGUUACAUUUGGACCUGUAACACGUGCCUUACAUGCUGGCAUGCCUCCAGUUUCUCUUGAUAUGAUUCCUGAUAUACCUAAAACAUUCGUUUCGGGUAUGUAA